CUUACGCGCCAAAAUUGCUUGUGUGUUGUUUGGUUGUGACUGAGGAUUUCUGUUAUUUUAUAUAGAAAUAAAAUAAUUAUUGUUCGUAAUAAAUUGAAACAGAGUUAUUAAAUAGUAAAAAUGGAAGGUUUUGAUGACCCAGGCGUUUUCUUUUCUGAUAACUUUGGUGUAGAAGAAAAUGAAUCACAAGAUCAGAUUAACCUCCAAGCAGUGAAGAAAAAAUUUAAAGAAUUUAUUCGUCAAUUUCACACGGGAAACUUUGAUUUUAAAUACAGGGAUGCUCUCAAACGCAACUAUAAUUUAGGACAAUAUUGGGUAGAGAUUAAUAUUGAAGAUUUAUCUAGCUUCGAUGAACUAUUAGCUGAAAAACUUUAUAAGAAACCUACAGAACAUUUACCUAUUUUAGAGGAAGCAGCAAAAGAGUUGGCUGAUGAAUUGACAGCACCAAGACCUGAAGGGGAGGAAAAGGUUGAAGAUAUACAAGUUUUGCUGUCUUCAGACGCACAUGCAUCUAACUUGAGAGAAUUGAAGUCUGAAACUGUAUCCAGAUUGGUGAAGAUUCCAGGCAUAGUAAUAUCAGCCUCAGGUAUAAAAGCAAAAGCCACUAAAAUCUCCAUCCAGUGCCGUUCUUGCCGCAACAUCAUCCCCAAUCUACCAGUUCGGCCUGGUCUGGAAGGAUAUAUUAUGCCAAGAAAAUGUAAUACAGAGCAAACUGGUCGUCCAAAAUGUCCCUUGGAUCCAUAUUUCAUCAUUCCGGACAAGUGUAAAUGCAUAGACUACCAGGUGUUGAAAUUACAAGAAGCCCCUGAGAGCAUACCCCAGGGCGAAAUGCCGCGGCACUUGACCGUUUACUGUGAGCGAGUGCUGUGUGAGAAAGUGGCGCCUGGGGCCCGGGUCACUGUGCUGGGGAUCUACUCCAUCAAGAAGAUUGCCAAGAUUGGGCGCGAGGGCCGCGACAAAGGCUCAGUAGGCGUGCGGUCGUCGUACGUGCGCGCGGUGGGGCUGACGGCGGAGGAGGCGGCCGCGGGCGGGCUGCUGCCCUUCAGCGCGGACGAGGAGGAGCAGUUCCGCCGCUUGGCCGCCGCGCCCGAUGUCUACGACCGCAUUGCCAAGUCCAUCGCACCCAGUGUCUUCGGAGCUGUCGAUAUGAAGAAGGCUAUCGCCGCUUUGCUGUUCGGAGGUUCCCGCAAACGUCUGCCAGAUGGGCUGACCCGUCGUGGGGACAUCAAUAUCUUGCUGCUAGGAGAUCCGGGGACCGCUAAGUCCCAACUUCUAAAGUUUGUGGAGAAGGUGGCGCCGAUUGGUGUGUAUACUUCGGGGAAAGGCUCCUCGGCUGCUGGUCUCACUGCCUCUGUUAUUCGUGACCCGGGAAGUCGCAACUUCGUGAUGGAGGGCGGCGCGAUGGUGCUGGCGGACGGCGGCGUGGUGUGCAUCGACGAGUUCGACAAGAUGCGCGAGGACGACCGCGUCGCCAUACACGAGGCCAUGGAGCAACAGACCAUCUCCAUCGCCAAGGCCGGUAUAACGACGACGCUAAACUCGCGGUGCUCAGUGCUGGCCGCAGCGAACUCGGUGUUCGGCCGCUGGGACGACACCAAGGCGGACGACAACAUCGACUUCAUGCCCACCAUCCUCUCCCGGUUCGACAUGAUUUUCAUUGUCAAAGACGAGCACGACCAGAAUAGAGAUAUUACGCUAGCGAAGCACAUAAUCUCCGUGCACAUGGGCGGGGAGUCGCAGCAGCGCGCGGCGGCGGACGAGCUGCCGCUGGCGCUGCUGCGGCGCUAUGCGGCCUACUGUCGCGCGCGCUGCGGACCUAGGUUGUCGGAGGCGGCGGCCAGCCGACUGCGGGCCCGCUACGUGCUGAUGCGCACGGGCGCCAGUCAGCACGAGCGACACGCGGACAAGCGGCUGUCUAUACCCAUCACUGUCAGACAGCUGGAAGCGAUAGUGCGCAUCUCGGAGUCGCUGGCCAAGAUGCAGCUGUCGGCGUUCGCGACGGAGGCGCACGUGGCCGAGGCGCUGCGCCUGUUCCAGGUGUCCACGCUCGACGCCGCCAUGUCCGGCUCACUCGCGGGUGCGGAAGGCUUCACGACAGAGGAAGACCACGAGAUGCUAUCGCGCAUAGAGAAGCAGCUGAAGCGGAGAUUCGCAGUCGGUUCGCAGGUCUCCGAACAGACCAUCAUACAGGACUUCCUCAAACAGAAGUACCCUGAACGGGCCAUCCAGAAGGUCAUACACACGAUGAUAAGGAGAGGCGAACUGCAACAUCGACUGCAGAGGAAGAUGCUGUAUAGGCUCUCAUGAUUUUGUUAAGGCACUACUGGUAGUGUCAAGUUACAUUUACCUACGAAUGCUCAUUCUAUCCUAUUAAUCAAUCCCAAUCUGGUGAUUCAAUGCUAAGCCACAGCCUGCGGCCAGAUAUUGAUGAACAAAGAGUGUGAAUAAGUGAGCAUUCGCUUGUUUGAUGUAAAUCUACCUUCACAUAGUUUUAAGAAGUUAUUCCACCUAUGUUUUGACCGGCGAAGUGGCACCGUUAAUUUACCUUCGCCGCCACUUUUUAUAUUUGUAAUCUAAAAUUUGAUAAAUAAAAACGAAUCAACAUGUA